UUUCUCAUUUAUUGAGAUCUUCUUUCUCUCUCACACUCACUCAGUCACUCACUCACUCACUCACACACACUCUCUCUCUCUCCUUCUACACACACAGCUGCAAUUUUCACACUCUGCAACAAAAAAGGCCUCAAUUCGAGCAGGGUUUCCAACAAUUAGCUGAGUCAAGUCACCUCCACUGCUUGAUUUUGCCCCUAAUUUUACUAUGAGAAGGUGUGGAGCAAGAUGAAAUGGGCGUGGCUAACAAGGCGUGGAGGUGCGGCGGCGGCGACGGAGGCGGGGUUCUCGUGAAUAAUAUCAUUUUGCCGCAACAGAAGCAGAAGCAGAAGCUGCAGCAGUCCCCGCACCAUUAUUGGACUUAUCUGCACCUCGGGCGGCGGCAGGCGGUGCCAUGGACGGUCGUGUGCGGGCUACUGCUCUUCUCCGUUGCCCUAAUCUCUCUCUUCACCGGCCACGUCGCGUCUGAUCUCGAGUGGUACUCUAAUCGCUUCGUGAAGCCGACUUGGUACAAGAAGGAUAAAAGUUAUCAGGUUCCAGUUGAUAUAUGGAAAUCCAAGUUUUCAAACUUUUAUUAUGGUUGCAGUGAAAGAGGCCCCCGCUUUGCACCUCAUGUACGGGAACGGUUUUCAAAUGGAUACUUACUUAUCGCAACUAGUGGGGGGCUGAACCAACAAAGAACAGGAAUAACCGAUGCUGUGGUUGUUGCGAAGAUUUUAAACGCUACUUUAGUUGUGCCAGAAUUGGAUCAUAAUUCGUUCUGGAAGGAUGAAAGUGAUUUUGCCAACAUUUUUGAUGUUGAUUGGUUCAUCUCUUUCCUUGCAAAGGAUGUACCUAUUGUGAAAAGAGUUCCAGAAAAGGUGAUGAGGUCAAUGGAUAAACCACCAUAUACAAUGCGUGUUCCUCGAAAAUCAGAACCUGACUAUUAUCUGGAGCAAGUAUUGCCCAUUUUAUUGAGAAGACGUGUUGUUCAGUUGACAAAGUUCGAUUAUAGGCUUGCUAACGACCUUGAUGAAGAGCUACAGAAACUACGUUGCCGGGUGAACUAUCAUGCAUUAAGAUUUACUAAACCUAUAAGGAGUCUAGGCCAGAAAGUUGUCACACGCAUGCGAAAGAUGACAGCACGUUUUAUAGCUGUACACUUGAGGUUCGAACCUGAUAUGCUUGCAUUUUCUGGAUGUUACUAUGGCGGGGGUGACAAAGAAAGACAAGAACUAAGUGAUAUAAGAAAGCGAUGGGAGACGCUACCUGAAUUAAGCGCAGAUGAAGAGCGAACACGAGGGAAGUGCCCUUUGACCCCUCAUGAGGUGGGAUUGUUGCUGCGGGGCCUUGACUUUGAUAAUAACACAUAUCUAUAUGUUGCAUCUGGAGAGAUAUAUGGCGGAGAAGAAACUCUGAGGCCGCUUAAAGAGUUGUUUCCAAAUUUCUAUACAAAAGAGAUGCUGGCCAGUGAAGAGUUAAAAUCACUUCUUCCGUUUUCAUCUCGAUUGGCUGCCAUUGACUACACUGUAUGUGAUGAAAGUGAUGUCUUUGUCACUAAUAACAAUGGGAAUAUGGCAAAAAUCCUAGCCGGUCGAAGGAGGUAUAUGGGUCACAAGAGAACAAUCAGACCGAAUGCCAAAAGGCUCAGCGCUCUGUUCGCUGCACGCGACAAAAUGGACUGGAGUUCUUUCUCAAGAAAGGUGAAACUAUGCCAACGCGGGUUUAUGGGAGAACCCGAAGAGAUGAGACCUGGAAGAGGAGAGUUUCAUGAAUACCCAUCCACUUGCAUCUGCCAAAAACCAUCAAAAUAUCUUGCUGCAAUGAAAGAUGGAACUACUUUUCUCAAUGUUUCCGCAAGUGAUGCUAGAGAUGAUAACAUUGUCAGAGGACAGAGUGCUCUGAGACGUGAAACGGUGCAGCAGCAGAAAUACCACCAUCUUUCUGUCUAAGCAGAGCUUGUUUAUCGAUGCGAAACAGUGUAGCUGCUGAAAUAACACCAUUUUUCCGUCUAAACAGAGCUUGCUCAUCGACAUUUCCUCCACCCGAACCUGGGUUGCCAGUAGUGUUAUGCGACCCACCGGUACUGCUGCUCUGCUGCAAGGAAGAAACAGCACUCAUGCUUCAACCUAUGUAAGAAUCAGUAAACACUGCUGGGAUUCAUGUAUAGCCUCAUCUGUAGCAUGUGAUCUUCACCUAAUUGUUCAUAUUUCUUUAUAAUUGUGUCCCUUUUUUCAACUGUUGCUUUCAUCUUUCAAUUACGAAAUGUAACCAACAAAAUGACAACGUAGUUUUAUAUCAUUGUAUUUUUUUCACAAAUGCAGAGAAGCUUAAAUAUUCUUGAUGAUUA